AUGGACGCCUUCAAGGCCCUACAGGGCACGCCAAUUGCCAUCACAGUCACAGCAAUCGCCGUCGUCUUGAUCCUCUACACUGCCUGGGCGCCUCACAACACAGAAGAAGCCGUUCCGUUCACCGUCCCCGUGCCAGAGCAGUGUCUACCCGACUGGAAGGGUGAAGUUCUGGAGAACCCUUCGUUGAAGGUCUCGGGCUCCUCCCUUAUCCAAUGCUAUGCACCCGCAACGGGAAAAUCCCUCGGGGUCGUCAAUCCUGCCACGCAAGACGGCGUCGAUCGCGCGAUAGCCCAGGCGACAGAAGCUCAGAAGGCGUGGGCGAAAACUACGUUCAGUCAAAGGAGAAGGGUGCUGCGGACUCUACUCAAGUUCAUACUAGACAACCAAGAGACGAUAUCGACAGCGGCAUGUCUAGACUCUGGGAAGACGAGGGUUGACUCCAGCUUCGGCGAGAUACUGGUCACGGCUGAGAAGCUCAAGUGGACGAUCGACCAUGGAGAGAAAGCGCUCAGGCCGGAGAGAAGGCCUACAAAUCUCCUGAUGAUGUACAAGAAGAACGAAGUGCGGUGGGAGCCAUUAGGCGUCGUCGCCGCAUGCGUGAGCUGGAACUACCCCUUCCACAACCUCCUCUCCCCAGCCAUCUCCGCCCUCUUCACCGGCAACGCCAUAAUCCUCAAACCCUCCGAAUCCACCGCCUGGUCCUCCCUCUACUUCACUUCUAUCCUGCAUGCCGCCCUCACUGCCUGCGGCCACAGCCCGCACCUUGUGCGCACCCUCAUCUGCUGGCCCGACGUCGCCUCGCACCUAACCUCGCACCCGGGCCUCUCCCACCUCACCUUCAUCGGCAGCCGGCCCGUCGCGCACAAAGUCGUCGCGUCCGCGGCUCGAAGCCUGACGCCCUGCACAGUCGAGCUCGGCGGCAAAGACGCAGCCAUCAUCCUGGACGACGUGCGGGACGUCCAGAAAGUCGCCAGCAUACUCCUGCGCGGCACCUUCCAGUCCGCGGGCCAGAACUGCAUCGGCAUCGAGCGCGUCAUCGCCCUCCCCCAUGUCUACGACCGGCUCAUCGCACACCUCACGCCCUUGAUCCAGUCCCUCCGUCUGGGCUCCGUCCUCGACUCCGAAGCCGAAUCCGAAUCCUCCGACCAGGUGGUCGACGUCGGCGCCUGCAUCUCCGCCGCCAACUUCCCAGCCCUCGAAAGCCUGAUCGACCAAGCCGUCGCGCAGGGCGCCCGGCUGUUAGCAGGCGGUAGUCGGCACACGCACCGCCGCUGGCCGCAGGGCCACUACUUCGCGCCGACGCUGCUCGUAGACGUGACGCCCGGCAUGCGGAUCGCGCAGACGGAGCUCUUCGCGCCCAUCUUCGUGCUCAUGCGCGCCGAGAGCGUGGACGCGGCCAUCGAGAUCGCGAAUGCCACGCCCUACGCGCUGGGGUCCUCGGUCUUUGGCUCCAGCCGCGUGGAUUUGGAGAAGGUGGUUAAGGGCGUCAGGGCGGGCAUGGUCAGCGUGAAUGAUUUCGGGGUGUACUAUAUGGUGUCGUUGCCCUUUGGCGGGGUCAAGGGGAGUGGGUACGGCAGGUUUGGCGGGGAGGAGGGGCUCAGGAGCCUUUGUAAUACCAAGGCUGUGUGUCGGGACCGGUUUCCCGGCUGGAUCGAGACGGGGAUCCCGGGGCCGUUGGAUUACCCCAUUAGGAAUGGAAGGGAGGCGUGGAGGAUGUGUAGGGGGAUUGUGGAGGUAGGGUAUGGGGAGACGAUUGGAAGGAGGGUCGCGGGGAUCAAGAAGUUGAUGGGGUUUGGGGUCUAG